GAUUCUGCUUUUCCAACUGCGUGACUGGGUAUUUCUUCCAUGUGUCUCGCCCAAAAGGAAUGGAGGUACACAGUACGGAGUGCACAGGACAGUUCAAUAGGGCAUGUAGGGUGAAGUGUGUCACCGUAGAUCCUGCACUAACUAGAUUCAUGCUUCACCAGACGAAAUUGUUGCCAAGUCUCCAUCCAGCCGCUAACUUUACAGAACGCCCCCGGUAAGGCUACGUCUAGUAAUCGCGGUUGCGCGUCUGUACAAGUACCGCUGGUGACGAUUAUACGAAGGAUUCUGGAAUUUGAUUGUACGCCUCACUUCCACCAUGGCUAGGCGUCCUCGUCUUGCAGCGCAGGCUGCUCAAGCCUCGAUGAGAACACCUAUCCCAAAUUUAUCAGACAACGAGGACGAAGACAUGCCCGAUGCAACUCCUGCUGAUCCUGCAACGCCUCAAGAUGACGAAGAAGAUGAGGAUGAGGGGAACGCAGGUGAUGAAGAGAAUCAAGAUGCGGAAGAGGCUCCCACCCCAUCAAGAGGCUCCGAUCAAGCGUCGCGCUCAGCGACUCCUCGUCGUGGUCCGGGGCGACCCUCUCUACAGUUUGGCCGGCGGAAGCGACUAGGAAGACCGCCAAAAAAUAGGCCGCCCGUAUCUGAUGAUGACAAUAACGAUGCUGGCUCAGAGAUAAGCACGCCUAAACGAAGAGGAGGCUUUCGCGGCCAUCGUGGAGGACGUUGGGGAAAAUCGAGAGGCGGCACAGCGAGAACAGUUGCACCACUUGACGCGAAUGGGAACCCUAUGGAGAUAGUGAAUGACGAGGUUGAAUUACCAGAAGACCCCGAGGGAGAGACUAAAGUGGAUAAAAACGGCGAGCUCCUUGGUGGACGCGAAUAUCGAGUCCGGACAUUCACCAUUAUGGGAAGGGAUGAUCGACUCUACAUGCUUUCGACAGAGCCUGCUCGGUGCAUUGGGUUCCGCGACUCAUACCUGUUCUUUCAGAAGCAUCCGCAUCUUUACAAGAUCAUCAUUGACGACGACGAGAAACGGGAUCUCAUCGACCGAGACGUCAUACCACAUUCCUACAAAGGCCGCGCCAUCGGAGUUGUAACAGCUCGAUCUGUUUUCCGGGAGUUUGGUGCCAAGAUUGUCAUUGGAGGGAAGAAGGUUUUAGAUGACUACGAAACUCGGCAGGCACGAGAGCAUGGAGACAUCGAGGGCGAAAUUGCUGUUCCUGAGGACCGGCUGCCACCACACGGGGAACCUUACAAUCGCAAUCAGUAUGUCGCGUGGCAUGGUGCUAGUGCUGUAUAUCAUACCAAUGCGCCGAGUAUGCCGAAUCAGGCAGUCAAGAUCCAGGAUGCUAAAAGGCGCAAGAUCGUUGUGACAAGUGACAAUUGGAUGUUGGAACAUGCAAGAGAAGCAAGUCGCUUCAACUCGAUGCUAGCAGCGGCGCGCGGGACCAACAUAGACGGAGUGUACGAUAUUCACACCAAUUCCAUGCACUGGCCAAGUCAUAUGCAACCAACUCAUGCUCGAUGGGACGUUGUUGACGACGAGAACGAUAUCGAGGGCGCUGAGAAAACAGCUACUCUUCCUCACCUAGACCCGGUCUUCGCCAGGAACUUUCGAAUUCACGACCUGUGUCUCGAAUCAGCUCCCGAGUCAUGGCUCGGGAGGCCGGGCCACAAUGAAGACGUUGAAGGUCUUUCCUCAAUACCUCCGGCAAUACUCGAAGAACUGCCUGCAGAUUGUCUGAUUGCUUUUGAAGAUGCCAAGGCUCGUGAAGCUAACUGGAGAAACAAAUGGCAGUCUGAGCGAGUUAAUGGCUUCCGAGCGCAGCUUCUGCCCUCAGUGGAUUGGUAUCCUAAGUGAGUUAGAUGGAGAAAGAACCACAACAGCGCUAUUCAAUGUUCUCAACAAAGCAUUCUGAAUGGCUAGCGCCGAGCAUCAUUUUGUGAGGGACAUGUUGGCCAUGCAUUGGAACUCCCCCGGAAAGCAAAGUUUCUUCGCUUCCCCCGGACUUUGUCUACAUACGGUUGACCUGAGAGCUGAGUGCCCGCGCUUUACUACUACGCCAUUUUUGGGCCUACUGACAGCCGAGACGACAUCUAUCUGCUGCCUCAUACUUGCGCCCUUUGUCCGGUCGUGUCGAGAGAUUGCAGCACCGAGAACGCGCGGGGCUUCACUUCUAAACCGACCGAAAGCCGAGGAUGCAUUUCUGUUGACUUGUUUCAAGGAUCAUGGAGUACAUCACCCACGGCAAUAGCACGCAUCGAAGUCUGAAGUCCGGCGAGACCCGAAUGAGAAGAGGGGGUCAUAUGCAGCAGAGAAUCGAAGUGUGAUUUCGAAGACAGUGCACAACCGAUGUUCGGCGGAUUUCGUGGAGAAGAAGCAAUCAUUUCGAACAUGAUUGGUCAAGCAAGCUCUGUUUCUUAAACACCAUUUCUUUCAACCAAUGAUACCGUGCUGCACCACUCCUUCAUCAUCUUCGUGACAAUGUAGAAUUUUCUUAUGAGUGGAGCAGUCUCGCAUUGCAUGCUUGUGAACCGCGGCAGAGAAGUCAGGAGUCCGCAAAUAUGUGAAUGGGUGGUGAUUAAAGGAAACUUCGUUAGACCGCCAAAGUGAGCGGUGGAUUUCAUACCAAAUGAGGCUACCGAGACCAUACUCAGAAGAGGUGGACAGUAAGUAUGAAAUCUGAAGUACGAGUAUGCCUCUCGUGGCGGCUACUUCACGGCCAAAAUGUGCCCUAUUCCUAAUGGCAGGUCACCUGCAUCUAUCUGGCCUGCACGUGAGAGUCAGCAAGAGCGCACAAUGAUGUCGCCGUGCAUGGGAGAGUCCGAGGCAGUGUCGGGUGCAGGAAGGUUUAUUCACCAGUGCUUAUGAGAUACUGCAGCUAAAUGAUAGGUACACUCGAGGGGCGAAUCUAAGUUCUACGAGUAACAGGGAUCUCAUGGUCCCGACCUCGAUCUUUCCAGGGUUUGACAUAGACGGUAGGGAAGCUGGAUGGAUGAAAUCAGGCAGCAUUGAUCGGUGGUGAAACAGGGUCUUGGGAUUUUUCCAUUGUGAUGGAUGUGGUUUGUUGUCACAAAGCCCCCGAUCAGUGAUCCAUCCAUAACCGACACCUUCGUCUGGUAUCGUACGAAGUACGUAUGGUGGCAAGUCACUACGAAUACGAGUGAUAGGAUGCGAG